AAUCAAGUCAAGAAGUCCAUUUAUGGUCGUACCGAGAUUCCCGCCGCAGUGGCAAGUUCGUAAAACUGUUUUUAAUUGUCGUACGGCGGUGGCCCAUGAAAAAUAUAGCCGUUAGAGACUCUGGUUCCCAUUGCUAAGACUGACUGGGUGUUUUUCUUCAACCCAAACCGUUACUUUGUAAGGAAAAAAAAAACAUAAAAAACUAGCCGUUGGGGAUAAACUAGAAAAGAAGAUUGAAGACAAUGUCCCCAUGUCUUACUGACUCAAUGUCCGAUCUUCAUCUCUCCGCAAAAAACAAUAUUCUUUAAUUUUUAUCUUCUCUCUCAUCCUCAGUCUCUCACAUGCUUCAUCACUUCAGACCCGUUUCUUUCUCAAAUUAUCUCUUCCUUAUUUAGCUUUUCCUCCUUUCAUUGUUCAUUUCCAUACUUUCUUGGGAAAAAAAAAAGGUUAGAGAGAGAGCUUGAAGAAAAAUAAAUAAAUAAAAAUAGGAGAGAAGAAGAGAAAAGAUUAGAAUUACGAUUAUCAAUCCUUCCUUUCUCCUUCUUUUUCCCUUCUUUUCUUUGAAUAUUUCUUGCAAAUAAUCGCGUCUAUGUUCAUGGAAAAUAUGUUAUUUUUGCAUGGCAUUAGUUACCCAUUUACUUCUUUCGGUUUUUCUACAAAAAAAUUCUUCAUCUAUGCCUUAAUAUUUGUUCAGCUUCUUGUUUUCUCUUCUCAACAUGUUUCAGGACAAGACGGGGUGAUUGUUACCCAAGCUGAUUACCAAGCACUUCGGGCCUUCAAGCAUGAACUUAUUGAUCUCAGAGGAGUUCUGCGAAGCUGGAAUGACAGUGGCUAUGGAGCUUGUUCUGGUGGGUGGAUAGGAAUCAAAUGUGUUAAAGGACAAGUUAUUGCCAUUCAGCUUCCAUGGAAGGGACUUGGUGGUCGAAUCUCUGAGAAGAUUGGUCAGCUUCAAGCUCUUAGGAAGAUUAGCCUCCAUGACAAUGUUCUUGCUGGAAAUGUUCCUAUGGCUUUUGGGUUCCUUCCCAAUCUCAGAGGUGUUUACCUCUUCAACAACAGACUUUCUGGGUCAAUCCCACCAACAAUUGGUAACUGUCCUGUCCUUCAAACUCUUGAUCUGAGCAACAAUUCACUCACUGGUCCAAUCCCUCCUAGUAUUGCAAAUUCCACCAGGUUAUUUAGAGUCAAUUUGAGCUUUAAUUCACUUUCUGGUUCAAUCCCAAGCAGUCUCACUAGGUCCUCUUCCCUUACCAUCCUCGCUCUGCAACAAAACAAUCUGUCUGGUUCUAUUCCAAAUAGUUGGGGUGGGAUAGGAAAUAGAGCCUACCAACUUCAGUUCUUGACUCUUGAUCAUAAUAAACUCUCUGGAACUAUCCCUGUUUCUCUUAGCAAAUUGGGCUUGCUUCAACAGAUUUCUCUUAGCAAUAACCAGAUUUCAGGGAUCAUACCCAAUGAAUUAGGCAGACUGACAAGGCUCCAAGUACUAGAUUUGUCAAGCAAUGCCAUUAAUGGAAGCUUUCCUGCUAGUAUUUCUAACCUCUCAUCCUUGGUAUCCUUGAAUUUAGGCAGUAAUAGGCUUGAUAACCAAAUCCCAAAAACCAUAGACAGACUGCAGAACCUCUCGGUACUCAACCUAAAGAAUAAUCAAUUCAGUGGUCAAAUUCCAGCAACCAUUUCCAACAUCUCAGGAAUCAACCAGCUUGAUUUGUCUGGAAACAAUUUUACUGGAGAAAUUCCAGAUUCACUUGCCAGCCUAUCCAAUCUCACUUCUUUCAAUGUUUCUUAUAACAAUUUGUCUGGUUCCGUCCCAUCUCUCCUGACUAAAAAGUUCAAUAAGAGCUCUUUCGUUGGGAAUCUUCAGCUCUGUGGGUAUAGCAUUUCAACUCCAUGUUCCACUUCCCCAACUGAGAACCCUCCAGCUCCAUCACCAGAAAUUCCAAAGGAACCCCAUCACCACAAGCUAAGCACCAAGGACAUAAUUCUCAUAGCAGCCGGUAUCCUCCUUGUGAUUCUUCUACUGCUGUGCUGCAUUCUGCUAUGUUGUUUCAUCAAGAAAAAAGCUGCUAUGAAAGGAAAGACGGAUAAAUCUUCCAAGCAGGCUGCAGCAGCAGGUGGGAGCGCUGAGAAGGCGAUUUCUGCGGGCUCGGAAAUCGAAUCGGCUGGCGAAGCGGGUGGGAAACUGGUUCACUUUGAUGGGCCAUUUGUUUUCACAGCUGAUGAUUUGCUGUGUGCAACGGCUGAGAUAAUGGGGAAGAGCACUUAUGGUACAGCUUAUAAAGCAACAUUGGAGGAUGGGAAUCAAGUUGCAGUGAAGCGUCUGAGAGAAAAGACAACUAAGGGGCAAAAAGAGUUUGAAGCUGAGGCUGCUGCGAUUGGCAAAAUUAGACAUGCAAAUCUCCUAGCUCUCAGGGCAUAUUACUUGGGACCUAAGGGAGAGAAGCUACUUGUCUUUGACUACAUGCCUAAGGGUAGCCUUGCCUCUUUCCUUCAUGCUCGAGGACCGGAAACCGUGAUAGAUUGGCCAACAAGGAUGAACAUAGCAAUGGGAGUGACUAGGGGACUAAACUACCUCCACAACCAGGAGAACAUUGUUCAUGGGAAUCUGACAUCUAGCAAUAUACUUCUUGAUGAGCAGAACAAUUCCCACAUUGCAGAUUUCGGCCUUUCUCGGCUCAUGACUAAUGCUGCCAAUACCAAUGUGAUUGCCACAGCAGGAUCUCUUGGCUACAAUGCGCCAGAGCUCUCCAAGACCAAGAAGACCAACACUAAGACUGAUGUUUAUAGCCUUGGAGUGAUCAUAUUGGAGCUCCUAACAGGGAAAUCCCCUGGAGAACCCAUGAAUGGGAUGGAUUUGCCACAGUGGGUUGCAUCCAUUGUGAAGGAGGAGUGGACAAAUGAAGUUUUUGACUUGGAGCUGAUGAGGGAUGCACCAGCUAUUGGUGAUGAGCUUCUCAACACAUUGAAGUUGGCUCUGCACUGUGUUGAUCCUUCACCAGCAGCAAGGCCAGAAGUUCAGCAGGUCCUCCAACAGCUAGAGGAGAUUAAGCCAGAGGCUGCGGCUGCGGCUGCUGCUAGUCCAGGCGAAGAAACGGCCAAAGCUCCGUCGUCCACAAGUGAAUGAUGGUGAUGAAAGGAAUUAUUUUGUUCAUCGGUUAUUUUAUAUGAUAUAGAAGAAGGGAGGGGAAAGAAAAGCGUUGUCAUAAUAUAUAUAAUAUUCUUUGGUUAGUCAUAUUUUAUUUUAUUUUAUUUUUUUUUUUUUUUGGGGAAUUAUUCCUUGGUUAGUCAUAUAUAUUCUUUGAUUCUUAUUAUUGAUUGGUAGUAAUAUGUAUAUAUACAAGUUUUUAAGUAUUCUUGUUAUUUAUAUCGAGGAGACAAUAAUAUUUUCUUUUGAAUUUUGUUUUUUCUAAGCGUUUAUGUCAAAAGCAGAGGAAUGUUAAUUCAAUAUUUUUUGAGUAUUGUUUAA